GACAUAUUUAUGUACUAACUUUAUUAUCUGGGUUAUUCUAAAUUAUUUUUUAGGGGGAAGAUGUGGAUCUUCAUUUGUUUCUACCAGAUUGUCACCCUAGUAAAUAUUCAUUAUUUAUGUUGGUAAAGAAUUGCCAUACAAAUAAGAUGAUUCAUGAUGCUGCUAUUCCUGCUGAGUGUCAGAGUGGCCAGAAAACAGUUAAGCCCAGAUGGCGCAACAUUACUCAGGAAAAGGCUGGAUGGGUUGAAUGCUGGACUGUCCCAAGCGUCAUGCUUACAAUUGAUUAUGCAUGGCAUCCAAUUUAUCCACAAAAAGCAGAUGAACAGCUAAAACAAUCAUUGUCAGAAAUGGAAGAAACAAUGCUAUCUGUAUUAAGGCCAGGCCAGAAAACAUCAGACAGAGUUGUUUCUUCUCCCUGUACUUCUUCACGUCCUCCUGUUGAUCCCUCAGAACUUCCACCUGAUAAACUUCAUGUAGAAAUGGAACUUUCCCCAGACUCUCAGAUAACUCUCUAUGGACCUCUGUUAAAUGCAUUUUUAUGUAUAAAGGAAAACUACUUUGGGGAAGAUGACAUGUAUAUGGAUUUUGAAGAGGUUAUUUCAAGCCCCGUUCUGUCACUGUCAACAUCAUCCAGUUCUGGUUGGACUGCUGUUGGAAUGGAAAAUGACAAAAAGGAAAAUGAAAGUUCAGCGAAGUCAGUUCAUCCACUUGCCUUGCGUCCUUGGGAUAUUACUGUACUUGUUAAUUUGUACAAAGUUCAUGGACGUCUUCCCGUUCAUGGAACUGCUGAUGGUCCUGAGUGCCCUACAGCUUUCUUGGAAAGAGUAUGUUUUGAAAUGAAAAAAGGAUUCGGGGAGACCAUGCUGCAACUUGUCCUGUCACCCCUGAGUGUGUUUGUCAGUGACAGCUAUCAGCAGCGACCCCCUGUGGAUGAUGUGCUCAGGGAAGGUCACAUCAAUUUGUCAGGUCUCCAGCUGAGAGCACAUGCUAUGUUCUCAACAGAAGGUCUUCCUUUAGGAAGUGAUUCUUUAGAAUAUGCAUGGCUGAUUGAUGUGCAGGCUGGAAGCCUUACAGCUAAGGUCACUGCACCACAGCUGUCAUGUCUCCUGGAGUGGGGGCAAACAUUUGUUUUUCAUGUAGUAUGUCGGGAGUAUGAACUGGAAAGACCAAAAUCAGUAAUAGUAUGUCAGCAUGGAAUCGAUCGUCGGUUUUGUGAAUCAAAGUUGAGUUGUAUUCCUGGGCCAUGUCCAACUUCAGAUGAUUUAAAAUAUACUAUGACUCGUUUAGCUGUAGAUGGAGCUGAUAUUUAUAUUGUGGAGCAUGGUUGUGCUACAAAUAUGAAGAUGGGUGCAAUCCGGAUUGCAAACUGUAAUCUCCACAAUCAAUCCGUUGGAGAAGGAAUAAGUGCUGCAAUUCAGGAUUUUCAAGUGAGGCAGUACAUUGAACAAUUAAAUAAUUGCAAACUUGGACUUCAGCCUGCAGUGCUAAGGAGGGCCUGUUGGCUUGAAGCUGGUUCAGCCAAUUUAGGACUUAUUACUGUUGAUAUUGCGUUAGCUGCUGAUCAUCAUUUUAAACAUGAGGCCCAGAGGCAUUUCUUGGAAACUCAUGAUGGCAGAACUAAGAGAGUGUUUACUGUUACUUUAAAACUGGAUUUAUUAAAUACCAAAAAAACUCCACGUAAAAACUCCUAGACACCAUAAACAGCUUUAACAAAGUAACAGGAUAC